CUGACCCUAACUAUGUUACGAUUUUCGAUACGACGCUUCGUGACGGAGAGCAGGCCCCUGGUGCAUCCAUGACUGCCAAACAAAAGAUGGACAUUGCAUGUCAGCUAGCUAAGCUUGGUGUUGAUGUUAUUGAGGUUGGUUUUCCAGCUGCCUCUCAGGCUGAGUUUGACCUUGUAAAGUUGGUAGCACAAAAAAUUGGUAAUAACAUGGAUGAAGAGGGCUAUGUACCGAUGAUUUGUGGUUUGGCGAGAUCUACUAAGGAAGAUAUCGAUAGAGCUUGGGAGAGUUUGAAGUAUGCAAAGACACCGAUGAUUCAUAUGUUUAUCGCGACAAGCGAUAUACAUAUGAAGUAUAAAUUGAAUAUGAGUAGAGAACAAGUUGUGAAGAGAGCUAGGAGCAUGGUGGCUUAUGCCAGAAGUCUCGGGUUCGAGCAUGUUAGGUUUAGCUUGGAAGAUGCUACAAGAUCUGAUAAGGAGUUUGUUUAUCAUAUUAUUGGAGAAGUUAUUAAAGCUGGUGCAACAUGCAUUUGUGUUGCUGAUACUGUUGGAUGCAAUUUACCAAAUGAAUUUGCACAACUAAUUGUUGACAUAAAAGCCAAUACAUUAGGUAUCCAAAAUGUGAUCCUUGCAGUACAUUGUCACAAUGAUCUUGGACUUGCUACUGCCAACACGUUAGCUGGAAUUUGUGCAGGAGUAAGACAAGUUGAUGUAACCAUCAAUGGUAUUGGUGAAAGAGCUGGAAAUGCUUCUCUAGAAGAGAUAGUAAUGGCCAUAAAAUGUCGUGGAGAGGAAGUACUAGGUGGUGUCUAUACUGGGAUUAAUACAAAACAUAUAUUCACCACAAGCAACAUGGUAGAGGAGUAUAGUGGGCUUAAGCUGCAACCACAUAAGGCCAUUGUGGGUGUUAAUGCUUUCUCUCAUGAAAGUGGAAUUCAUCAGGAUGGAAUAUUAAAGAACAGAGGCACAUAUGAAUUUAUACCUGCUGAAGAUGUUGGAUUUAUUCGUGCUACUGAACACGGUAUUAAAUUGGGAAAACUCAGUGGACGUCAUGCAUUGAAAAUUAAAAUGCUUGAGCUUGGAUAUAAUUUUGAGGAAAAACAACUUGGGGACCUCUUUUGGCGAUUCAAGUCAUUGGCUGAGAGGAAAAAGAAUAUAACAGAUGAUGAUUUAAGAGCACUCAUAUUAGACGAAACUAUCCAGCCUCAAAUUGCUUGACAACUUGAAGAUAAAUGUCACGUAUUGAUGGAAGAGCUUAUCUAAUGUUGCAGUAGCAAGCCCAGGGUUUUGUGCUACAUUAAUUAAUUGAUGUAUUAAAUUUUCUUGAACACUCUUAGGUGAAUUCAAUCUUUUAAGUUCUUAGUAUUGAACCCCUUGUACUUU